UACCGACUUUAACGACUUCCAACCCACUCAGUUAUAGUCAACCUUCAGUCGACAAUUUGAGCAAGCGAGCGAGCACCCAUACGAGCUCUUCAUCAUCACCAACAACAAGCCCACAAUGGCCGACACGUUGAGCUUGCUGGCCACCAUGCCAGAACCAGCGCUCUUUGCCUUCCCACCAACCGGCCAUGCGGCGCCCGUGCCUCCCCCAGCAGAGCCCAACUCAAUCCUGCACCCGUUCAACAUCCCGGACAGUUGGUUCACGGCAGCGCUCGACGCAAAGGUCCCCAUCACUAUCGCGGCCACCUACGCCGUCACCGUCAAGCUCCUCAACUACUACAACAAGUCGCGCGGGAACAAGGCCUGGGCCGUCUCCAAGACAAGCGCCUUCAAGGUCCUCGUCAUUCUCCACAAUGUCUUCCUCGCCGUCUACUCGGCCUGGACCUUUGUCGGCAUGCUAGGCGGCAUGCGCCGCAGCAUCGUCAGCCCCAUGGCCUCCACCGGCCUCGCUGGCACCGCCGACUCCUUCUGCCGCGUCUUCGGCGCCCCAGGCCUCGGCAACUCCAUCUACCACGACGACACCACCGGCGCAUGGGCCACCCUGGCCGCUGGCGGCGGCGCGUUCGACAACGGCAUGCCCUCGCGCGCCCAGGGCGGCCGUCUCUGGAACGAGGGCCUCGCCUACUACGGCUGGAUCUUCUACCUCAGCAAGUUCUACGAGGUCAUCGACACCCUCAUCAUCCUCGCCAAGGGCAAGCCCAGCUCCACGCUCCAGACGUACCACCACGCUGGUGCCAUGCUCUGCAUGUGGGCUGGCAUCCGCUUCAUGUCCUCGCCCAUCUGGGUCUUUGUCCUCGUCAACUCCUUCAUCCACUCGCUCAUGUACACCUACUACACCGUCACCGCCUUCCACAUCAAGGUCCCCGUCGCCAUCAAGCGCUCUCUCACCACCAUGCAGAUCACCCAGUUCCUCCUCGGCGGCUCCUACACCAUGCUCCACUCCUUCGUCUCCUACGUCGUCCCCAUGACCGUUGUCAACGAGGUCUCCGUCCCCGUCGACGCCCCCUCCGCACCGGCCACCGACGCGGGCGCCCUCGACGCGAUUAGGAACCUCGUCUUUGGCGACGCCGCUGGCCACGCCAAGACCGCCCCCGGCGGCUCCAUCGUCGAGUCAACCCUCAACGCCCAGACCGUCCACGUCACCCAGCCCUGCAUCAUGACCACCGGCGAGACCUUUGCCAUCUGGCUCAACGUCCUCUACCUCGCGCCCCUGACCUACCUCUUUAUGAGCUUCUUCAUUGCCAGCUACCUCAAGCGCAGCAACGCCGCCCAGAAGACUAACAAGAUCAACGGCAAGGGCUCUAGCCUGGCCUCGCGCAGACUCAGCAACGAGGUCACGCUCGCCGAGAAGGCCGGCUGGGACGCCGCCAAGGGCGUGCAGAAGGAGGUCUACGGCGCCAACGGGAGCGCCAUCUCCGACGACGACUCUCCCAAGAAGGGCAAGGCUGCCAAGGGCUCCAAGAGGAGGGCAUAGAGUGUAGACAGUUGGAGCCGGCACGAGGAAGCGCGCAAAGUCGUCGUUCAUUCAUAAAGGAGGUUGCGUUUCUGCAUUUGCUGUCUUUUUCGGGUACAAUACAUUACAUGGCAUCCGGCGUCGGCAUCGGGCGUUUUUUUGGGUGGUGAUGGUUUGGUUUGGAAUGAACAAAAGGAAAAUGGUCGAGUCUCUUUAUUGGUCGUGUCCUCGGAUCGGAGUCUGCAAACAUUACCUACCUCAGGUACUAGACUAGAUGAGCAUAGUUAAUAGCUAGGAAGCGAUAUCAAUCCCGAGUCAGUCUUUACAUUGCUAGUGGAAGUUUGAUAAGAUGAUCUGCGUGGGACAGAUAUAUGACGUUCACACGUGGGGUACGGGAACUUGAGAGAG